CGUCCUCACCUUCUUCGUGUAUCUCAUACUUCAAAACAUCCGUCUUGUCGUACGUGCUGUGAGCUACUGACCCUGUUCGAAAUGGUUGGAGUACUCUGUCUGUUGGCCCUCCUGCAAUUCGCGUCGUUUGCAACGGCUACGCGCUUCGCAGGCCUCCUGGCACAGGAAACACCACUCGUUCCUGGAUACUUUGCAAAUGAAGCUCCCAUCCCUCAACCAACAUCUCCUCCACAAGCAGUUCGACAACUUGUACCUCGAGACCGUGCGACAUGCGGCUAUAUGAUGGCGAACGGAGCGGCCAAUGUCUGUGGAGACUCACAAUAUUGUACAACUUCGGCUGCUGGUGACUUUGGAGUCUGGAACUGCUGCAAUCCAGGCUCUUGUUUCUUGCAAGAGACCUGCAGUUACAGCGUUGAAUGCAAGGGAGACUCGCCUUACUGCGUGACAUCAUAUAUGAGUCAAGAUGGCACGACGUUCUCAAGGUUCAUGUGCGGAACGACGUCCUCAAUAGUUUUUAUGGUUUACAGCUCCUCGGAUCUGCCCCAGUAUACUUCGAGUGUCCUGGCCGCCUCGCGAUCAUCGGUCCUUGCCUCAGCCUCGGCAGCUGCAGAGUCUUCGAAAGCUGCUGCAGAGGCUAGCUCAUUAUCUGCAAACCUGGCCUCGCAGUCGGGAAUGUCAACCAUCCAAGUUACCCAUGUCGUGACCGCUUCUGACGGCCAAGUUUCGACUGAAGUCUUCAUCUCAACCGCCGCUCUCGGCCAGCAAACUGGAUCCCCAACGUCUUCUAGCGCAGCCAAGCCAACGAGCUCAGGCGGUGAUGGUGGAUUGAGUACUGGAGGUAUUGCGGGUGCUGUCGUUGGUUCUGUUGUCGGUAUCGCCAUCAUUGGAGCGCUCGCGUUCAUCGCAUAUAGGAUCAAAAAGAAACAAAGCGAGGACAAAGACGAGGUGCCCCAGAUGACUGGAGUGCCAGUCGAGCACUACAAGCAGUAUCCGACCUCUCAGGUUGGCUCUAUUAGUACGCAGCAGUGGCCUGGGGCUCAACAAGCCCAAUGGCAAGGAUCUCAGGCACCAACUCAGUACACUGGAUCGCAGAAUGGGCACUCGACGAAUGGGCACUGGCAGUAGGAACGGAAAGAAUGCGCUUCAUUCACUUUCAGUGCAUGGAAAUCUAUGAGAUUGGAUCAUGAAAUUGGAAUCAUGAAAUUAGAGCAUGUGACAUGAACAUUGGAGCAACGAAUCAUGGCUAGUCUUAUCGAUAGUUACUAGCUGAUUAACUAUCAAUUAGUCAUUUAACUUAGGGCUUCUUUCUACUGUCUAGUUUUCCUCAACUGCUUUCUUCCCUACCUAAAUGCAGCUCAUCUCUGCGCAAUCUUUCUUUGUAUGAUUUCAGAGAAGGCCACUGGUAGCACAACACAAAGCACUUUAGAAAAU